AUGCUUGCACAGUCAAAGAACAACAGAAGCAGCAGCAGCAGCAACAGCAGCAGCAGCAGCAGCAGCAGCAGCAGCAGCAGCAGCACCUGUUGCGGCAGAAGCAAAGACAAGCUGACGGGUCCAGCUGCUGUGACUGUGACCCAGCCUAAGUCAGCAAAAACAAUAUCUUUCGCUCCUUGCUGCCAGCCCCGGCCUUUCAGCUGCAGCACAGCAGCAGCAGCAGCAGCAUUAGCAGCAGCAGCAGUAGUAGGAGCAGCAGCAAUAGUAGUAGGAGCAGCAGCAGUAGUAGCCGCAGCAGUGGCAGCAGCAGCACAGAUAAUGCAGUUGCUGCAGCAGCAGCUGCAGCGGGAGCACCAGCAUCAGCUGCAGCAGCAGCAGCGACUUCUGAAUGACGCUGCAGCAGCAGCAGCUGCUGCUGCUGCUGUCACAGCAGCAAACAGCUGCAGCAAGACACUGCUCGCGUCACUCUGUAGUUGGGGAAACAAAAAAAUCAACUUUUAUAAAUAA